AUGGCUAAGUUCUUGAAGGCUGGUAAAGUUGCUGUUGUUGUCCGCGGUCGUUACGCCGGUAAGAAGGUGGUGAUCAUCAAGCCACAUGACGACGGUACCAAGGCCCACCAAUUCGGCCACGCCUUGGUUGCUGGUAUUGAGAGAUAUCCUUUGGCCGUGACCAAGAAGCAGGGUGCUAAGAAGGUUGCCAAGAGAACCAAGAUCAAGCCAUUCAUUAAGGUUAUCAACUACAACCACUUGUUGCCAACCAGAUACACCUUGGACGUUGAGUCCUUCAAGGCUGCUGUCUCCACCGAGACUUUCGAGGAGCCAUCCCAGAGAGAGGACGCCAAGAAGGUUAUCAAGAAGGCUUUCGAGGAGAGACACCAGGCUGGCAAGAACCAAUGGUUCUUCACCAAGUUGAACUUCUGA